AUGACUCUCACAAUCUGCUUCGAUGCCCUCGGGACGUGUUUCACCCUUCAAGAUAUCGUCAAGGCUGUCGAAGAGAGAUAUGGAGAAGGGUUGGCGAAAAAAGGGUGGGGUAGUAAGGGAUUCGUGAUGGAUUGGUUUCACUCGGCUCAAAGGGACUAUACAUACCUAUCCCUCAUCUCUCCGCCUCCUCCUCCGAUAUCUUCUAUCCUCAAAACCUCUCUACCUUUAUCCCUCUCAUCUGCUCUUUCGAUACCUCCCCCCACGUCUUCAGAGCUAGAAGGGAUAACGUCACUCUUAUCGUCUCUUCCAGCUGCGCCUACGUUGAAAGAGGCUUUCAGCUACUUAGCAAACAACGAAGCCAAGUUAGCCAUCAUCACCAAUGGAGCUAAAUCGACUACUGAGGGAUACGCCUCCAAAGCCGGUAUAAUAGACUAUAUCUCGAGUGUAGUAAGCUGCGAUGAUGUAGGAUAUGCCAAACCACACAAGGAGGUGUACGAAGCCGCCAACAGUCUUUGUGAGAGAUUGGAGGAGGGAGGGAAGGGCCAGAGAUGGUUCGUUGCUGCGCAUCUUUGGGACUUGGCAGCGGCUAAGAAAGCUGGGUUCAAAACCGCUUUGGUGCUCGAGUUGCCUUCUGAGUCGGUAGAUAAUGACAAACAAGAUGAGAGUUUGAACAGAUGGUAUGAAACUUAUGGUGGAAGACCUGAUAUAGUUGGGAAAAGUCUAUUGGAAGUUGCUCAAGAAAUCAUAAAGAAGAAUUGA